UCGUUAAUCAAGCAUCCAAAAGUUUUGAUCUCCUAUAAUCAAUAACUUACGAUACAUGUAACUUUAUGUUUAAAUUGUAGAUAAAUAUUACAAGAUUAAUAUCCGUGAGGCCUGUAGCUCACAUUAGUUUCUUAUUUUUUCCAUACCUCACCCCUAAUCCAUUAUGAGAACUAGAACUUUUCUUUGACGAUAUAUUUGUAAGAGGACUUUUUCGGCAUGCCAAACAUUGUACCUCAAUGUGAUAGGCUAAUGAUUGAGAUAAGGUUCGAUGUAUCACAACAUAUAGCGCGAAUUCUAUCUCAAAACUUAGUAAAGAAGAACUCCAAAGAAGUUAUUAAGAGUUUCUCCGAUGAUAAUAAUUCGAAUUCUUUUGCCAAAGAACAGACUUCAGAAAUUUCGUUUACCUCGGGUAAGGAAAAUCAUGUGACUGAAAUUUCUGAGACCGGCGAGUCCGAAGUAAAUGCAUUAUCUACAUCUGUCUCUAACUCUUUUAGCGAAAAAUUACCUGAUAUAAAGAUGAGCACAUCAAUCACGUCUCAAACAAAUGUACAAUAUACAUCUUCAAUAUCAUCUAGCAAAUCCAGACUUCCGAUUUCUAUCUUACCUGAAGAUCCCGAAGAGAAGCAAAAACAUAUCAUUGGGUUGGUGUUAGAGCAGUUUCCUUAUCUAUCUUUAAGCGAUAGCGAUGAACGUGAUGACAGAUUUAAUCUUAAUAGUUCAGUAAUCUGUCCUAUAUGCAACAGGGAUCAUAAAGAAACUAUAUGUAAGAAUAUAAAGGGUGAAUGGAGUUCAGGUGAAUAUUGCAGAGAACGAACUUAUCGCCUCAAAUGCUGGAAUGAUCUUCGGGGGUGGAAUCCCAAUAGUGAAUGUGAAAUCAGCAUAGAAGCGAAAUUUCGUGUUAUGCACAGUGAUUACAUCAUUAUAUACAAAUAGGAAAUAUGUGAGUGAUCUAUGUUUUUCAAUUUGUGAAUUAAAUGACAGGGUUAUCAAAGCCAAAGAUGAUAAUAAAAAAACCGUUCUAGAAGUGAUCCAUACAUAUUAUUAUUUUUGA